AUGGCGCUUAACCACUGCGCCAUUCCCCCGUGUAAGCUGGGGAACAUCGGUGACAGAAUCGUCGACGGCCUAAAACGGAGGCUGAUUUCGGUGGCAAACCUGGUGCAAACAUUGUCCUUUCUGGAUGAGCCCCAGCACGGAGCCUUUCUUGGACUCUGGUCCCCUAAAAGAGCAGCCACCACCAACAGUGCAACUUGGAUUUGUGAUGGGUCAUCGUCACCCGCUUCUCGCGCAAGCGACCCACCCGGACAGGGGCAGGAUAACGACCAAGGAGCUCAAGGAAUGGGGUUGACUGGAAAAGAAAAUCAAACAUACACCUGCUGGUGGCUCGUCAGAACAGUGCCGGGUCACAAUCUGUUCUCAAUGCGGGGAGAGCUGCCAGCAGUGCCAAGGAUCCGGAAAAUUGGAGGAUUCUUUCUGCCAAAGAUGCAAUGGGUGGAAGUUCAUUUCGCGCACCAACAACGAAGAUUGUACGGGUGGUUGUGA